AUGAAUUUAGAUAUUCCUGCAGCUCAAGACCUUAAGAGAAGGUAUCUGAUGAAAAAUCCUAAUGAAAAUUCUACCUCAAUACCCGCAGCGUCAAUGUACUCAUUGAGCAAUGAUGUGUUGAAUGAAUCAGUUUACAAGACAAUUGCAGAGUUAAAAAACAACAGUAAGGAUGGUUAUUUUGUGACCUACGGAAUUGUGAAGGACGUUGAUUUAAAAACAAAUUGGUCAUAUCGUGCGUGCCCAAUGAGGAAUUGCUUAGCUGGAGUGAAGGAUCAAGAUGGGAGAUAUUUUUGGAGAAAAUGCAAUAAAGGUUACCACAAUGAUACAUUUAGGUACAACAUUCAAUUAGUGGUAGCUGAUGGAACUGAUUCUACAACAUUCACAGUUUUUUACCGUGAGGCUACAAAUUUUUUGAAAAAAUGUGCGCCUGAACUUCACAAUUCAUAUGCCGAAAGGGUAAUCUUAUUCAAAUUACUUCUUUUACUUAUGCAAUUACAUAAAUUUACCAACUUCUUUGCUCAUCAUGCUAACAUUGACGAGAUGUAUCCUCUAGAACUUGAUUUGUUCAAAGAAAAGGAUUUUGUAUUCAAGUUCCAAGUCAAGAUACAAUUCUUCAAUUACAUGGAGAACACAAACAUACAAGUAAAUCGGCUGGUUACAGAUGAUGCUCUCAUAAAGUCCUUUUUGGAUAAAUACAAGAUAGAAGAGUGCCCUUUCCAAAGUGGUUCUUAUGAAAUAUUAGAUGAUGAUCAUGAAACAAAUGACACAACCAAGUUAAGACACCACUAA